AUGUUUAGAAAAGUGUUUGGAAAUUCUAUGAGACAUAAUCCAACUCGUUUAAGAUACUUAAGGGAGUAUGUGUGUUUAAGAGAAGCUGCCAAUCCAUCUGCUUAAUAAGCUUAGAUUGCCCAAUUCUAAUAAGUGGCAAAUAAGUACGGAUUGUCAACUACUCAAUUAACAACACUCUCUAGUAUCUAUCAAUUGAGUUAAUUGCUUCGACCUUAAAAUUUCCCAAACCCCAAAGAUUAUAAAGUUCACGUUGAGAAAUUAGAGUUGUUAUUCAGACAAAAUCAAUCAAACACCGAAAACUUAGAAUAAUUUGCCUAAAGUCUAUUAUACAGAAUCCCCGAAAUCAGCAAACUUACAAAUGAAGCGAGAAAAUAAGCAGCUCAAGAUUUGUUUAGCAUUUAUUUGGAAGGAAUUCACUAUGAUAAUUUAGUCUCACCAGGCUAUGUCGAACAAUUAGAAUCAACAUUCAGAUAAAGAACUACUGCAGUCAUAAAUAAAAUAAAAAAAGAAGUCAAAGAUCCAUAAUUGGCAGCUUAAUUAGAAUAAUCACUUGAAUCAAUCUUUCAAAACUAUUAGUUUAACCAAGGAAGAUAUGUGGGUUUGAUCAAAUCAUUCAUUGAAUCAAAUCAAGAAACCGAAGUUUAGGCAAGUCCAAAAUUAAAUUAAUAAGCCUAAGAGAAACAACUGUUUAUUCAAACUGUUGAUAGAGCAACAAAAAAGUUUUCAGCUGAAGAUCAAGAAUAUGCUAGAAAUGUUGAUGGGCAUGACUUCAAAUUGUUCUUACAAGAAUUAUAUGAAAAGGAAUACCAAUCAGGAUUUGCUUAGAACAGAUUUAAUGAAAAAGGAUAGAAAUUAGUCUAUGAAUCAUAAGCAUAAGAACAUCAUGUUUUAAGAUAUUAAAUAUUGGCAGGAGUCUUUGCUGGUUAUUUCCUCUACCUAUUUUACAGAGGUGAUGCUUACUAUUCAACAAUAUUGGCAGUUCCAACUGUUGCUGCUGCUUUCUUUUAUUUAGCAAAAUAGGGACAAGCAAAAAGAGCAAUCCCUUUCAUAAGACAAGUCCUCAAAAACAAUGACAAUACUUAUGAAGUGGUCUUUGAAUAGAAUCGUAUUAUUAGUAGAAUCGAGAAUGUUUAAGCUGCAUAAAUUAAAUUGGCUUAAGACACUACAUUCUCAAAUGCUUUGGUAUUAGGAAAUCCCACCGAUUUUGGAUAUCAUGUCAAAGUAGCCGAUAAUUCAUUUAUUGUUCCCUACCUCUAUAGUGGUAAUGGUUUAGAUUUUAGAGCAUUUAUAAAUAUUUGAUUCAAUAUAAGAAUAAAAAAUAAAACAAAAUUUUCAUCUAUUAAUCAA